AUGGGAAAAAAGGGCGCAAAGAAACAAGAAACAAUUGGGGUGACGAUGAAACCAGAAGAAUUGUAUGACGAGCUCGAAAAUGGAGUAAAGAGCAUUGAACAGGAGCUAGAGAUACGAACUCGCGCUGCUGAGGAUCAUACCAGAAUAUUUCAAGAAUACAAACGAGAGGUUGAUAACGUAGAUGAAACAGGAAGGCUGAAUAGAAUGAUCACUACAAGCGUAGUAGGAGACCACGCACGGAGAUACAAGGCAACGCAAGACGUCCUCAUCCAAGAAAUCAAUUCUUUGGAAACAAAUUUGGCGGAACUCCGCGAGGAUCGAGAGAUUUGCGUCAACGAGAUGGAGGAAAUGAUCCGGGAUAAAGCGAAGGAGUACGAACUGAAGGAAAUCAAGGAACAAGAAGCCCGGGAUAAAGUGGAGCAAACGGCUGCUGAGUUCAUCUCAAUGAUGGAGGAACUCAUCACGAAGCUCCAGAACGCCAUCAAAGCAACAUUGCCUGAGGGCGAAGGUUACUCUUCAGCCAUUCAACUCGCAACUUCGGACCUCAGCAACCUCGAUGAAUCAGAUCGUCGGAGACUCGAAAGGAAGGCCAGGGAUUUCUCCAAAGAGAUGCAGAAAGAAGUGUUAGAGAAGAUACGCGAACUCGAGACCCCAGCCGUAUCGGACUUACUAAGUGAAGAUGAGAGUCUUGCUGUUCCCCAAUCGGCCUGA